AUGGCCGUUUCAGUUCCUGCAUCAUGGCAGGGUUCUGUGAUCUUUGAAAACAUGGCCAUUUACUUCUCCCAGGAGGAGUGGGAGCUCCUUGAUGAGGCUCAGAGUCUCCUGUACUGUGAUGUGAUGCUGGAGAACUAUGCACUUACAGAGUCCCUAGGUUCUUGGUGUGGAGCAGGAGAUGAGGAGUCACCUUCUGAUCAGAGCUUUUCUGUUGAAGGAAUGUCACAAAUCAGGACUGCAAAGGCUUUUCAUCCAGAAGACUCCCUCUGUGAGAUGUGUGUCCCAGUCCUGAGAAACAUUUUGCACCUUGCUGACCUCCCAACAACAUACCCUGGGCAGAAACCAUACUUGGAUGGGGCACCCAGAAACUGCUGGUUCAGUUCAAAUCUUUACCAGCUCCAGAAGCAUUAUAUUGGAGAAAAUCUCUUCAAAAUGGAUGUAAACCAGGCCUUGUUUGUAAUGAGCUGCAGAGUCCAUGUGUCAGGGAAGCCCUUCACCUGUGGGGAGGUUGAGAAGGAAUUCCCAGCCACAUUAGGCCUUCUCCAACACCAGGCCACCCCCAACAGUGAGAAGCCACGUAGCAGCAUUCAACACUGGAGAGUUCACACUGGAGGAAAGCUUUGUAAAUGCACUGAUUAUGGGAAAUCUUUUAGCCAGAAAUCUGUCCUCAUUCAGCACCAAAGAGUUCACACUGGAGAAAGGCCUUACGAGUGCAGUGAAUGUGGGAAAUCUUUUAGCCAAAGCUCUGGCUUCUUUCGACACAGGAAAGUUUACUCUAGAGUAAAGCUUUGUGACUGCAGUGAAUGUGGGAAAUUAUUUAGUCGCAAAAGCCACCUCAUUCAACACCAAAGGGUUCAUCCUGGAGAAAGACCUUAUGAGUGCACCGAAUGUGGGAAAUCUUUUAGCCAUAGCCCUAACCUCUUGUGACACAGAAGGGUUCACACUGGAGCAAGGCCAUAUAAGUGCAGUCAAUGUGGGAGAUCAUUUAGUUGCAAAACCUACAUCAUUCAACACCAGAGAGUUCAUACUGGACAAAGGCUUUAUGACUGUAGUGAAUGUGGGAAAUCAUUCAGCCAGAAAUCUGUCCUCAUUCAACACCAAAGAGUUCACACUGGAGGAAGGCAUGAGUGUUGUGAGUGUAGCAAAUCUUUUAGCCAAAGCUCUGGCCUCUUUUGACACAGAAAGGCUCACACUGGACCAAGGCCUUUUGAGUGCACUAAAUGUGGGAAAUCAUUUAGUUGCAAAACCCUGCUUUUUUGACACCACACAGUUCACACUGGAGCAAGGCCUUAUGAGUGCAGUGACUGUGGGAAAUCCUUUAACUGCAAAACUCACCUCAUUCGACACCAAACAGUUCACACUAAUGAAAGGCCUUAUGAGUGCAGUGAAUGUGGGAGAUCCUUUAGCCAGAGUUCUGGGCUCCUUCAGCAUCAGAGAAUUCACGCAGGAGAAAGACUUUAUGAGUGCAGUGAAUGUGGGAAAUUUUUUAGCCACAAACCCUACCUCAUUCAACACCAGACAGUUCACACUGGAGAAAGGCCUUACGAGUGCAGUGAAUGUGGAAAAUCCUUUAGGCAAAGGUCCAACCUCUUCCAACACAGGAGAGCUCAUGUGCAGUGAAUGUGGGAAAUUCUUUAGCCACAUAUCUUUCCUCAUUUAAUACUGAAGAGUUCACAC